CAAAGAUGUCCGCGCAGGUUUGAAAACCCGCUGUAGCCAAAUCCGCAGUUUGGCUCCCGAACCGAGUUGUUUUUAUGUCGUCGCCGGUGGAAGCUCAUACAAAAGAAAGACAAGGACUCCGCGACAAGAGCCAGACUAUUCCUUAUUAUCAGAAAUAAUGCUGAUAUCUGUAACUCAUGUCGGAAGUCGUGUAUGAAGAGACAGCCACGAUGAUUGCCGCAGGGGAAUUGCAGUCGUUUGUCCCGUUUGGCCGCGAGCACUGCAGGAACCAUCCAAACGCCUUCAACCUGCAGCUCAGAGAGCUCCAGCCCGCCUCCGAGCUCUGGUCGUCAGAUGGCGCCGCCGGCCUGGUGGGGUCCCUGCAGGAAGUUAGUCUGCAGGAGAGAGACAGGGAAUGCUGGCAACUUAGGAAGGGCUGCAGGGGAGUCAGGGAGGAGGAUGUGGAGUUUGAAGAGGAGCUCUAUGCAGCAGGAAAUGUGGUCGUCUGGAGCCAGGGCAGUCGGACCCAAGCCUCCAGUGUAUACAAGGCCUUCACUGUUGACAGCCCAGUACAGCAGGCCUUAUGGUGUAACUUUGCUGUUCCUCAGAACAAGAAAGAUGAGGAAGAAGAGGAGCAGACAGUGUGUAUUGUCCAGAGUACCUGUGUCAAUGUUCACACUGUGACUGGGAAGGAUUUUAUCUCACCACUACCCUUCCAGGUCUCAGAUGUCUGGGCGACCAAGUUUGGACUUUUGUUGGAACGGAAAAACACAGUGACUGACGCACAGCUAAGCCCCCCUGGGGAACCUCUGCCCACAGUGUUCAGCAUGUUGCAUCCUCUAGAUGAGAUUGCACCAGUGGUGUUUAAGCCUACAGGCCUGUUUGAUGGCUCCCGAGUACAGUAUGCGUCUGACUCUACCAUGAAGAUAGUGUUCAGCUGCUGUCAGCCCUCUAUAGUUGUCUCCUAUGACACUGUACAGGGAAUACACUCUGUCUGGGCCCUGCGCAAGGUCACACAUGAUGAGCGUUCUACAGUCCUGCGGUGUCCGGCAGAGCCAGUCGGCACGCCGUUGGGUCUGAUGGCUUCAGGCUUCCUUACCUCUCACCUCCGUAACAUCUCCCGUCUGGACUCCCCCGGUGGGAGUGGGACGGCUGGGCUCGGUCCUGGAACUGGAACAAGUUGUCCUGUUGGCACGGGCUCUCCUCUCCACUACAGCGCUCUGCACAGCCACCAGAGCAGGAUCAUGACGUCCUCACCGGGAAUACACUCCCGAGUUCAUUCCCCGAGCAUAUCCAACAUGGCUGCCCUCAGCCGUGCCCACUCUCCAGGCAUGGCGGCUCCGUCCUUUUCAGGCGUGGCUCGUUUCAACACGUCUUUCCACAGCCCGUCCCCAAGGGGACACCAUGGUUUGUUACCCUCUCCCAACAGCACGAUCAAUGAGACGAUGCUGGUCCCGGAGAUGGAGCCCAUCAUACCUGACCUCUGCAUAGAACAGCUGUGGAGUGAGACGGUCACUGCUGGCUGUCACAGGGAGAUGAGCAGCCAGGCGUCUAAAGUAUUCCUGACCUCUGACGUCUGUGAGAACUGCUACCUCUGUUUCCUGGUGGAGUCUCAUCAACAGCUCAGGUGUGUGAAGUUUAUUGAGAGCAACGAUACGUCUCAGCUCAUCUUCGCCUCUGUCACCUCCAUCCCUGCCAAAGACGCAGAACCUCUGCAGAAUAUAGAUGCCAUGCUCGUUCUGGAGGCCUGUGGCAGUCUGGUUCUCUACACAGGAAUCACAAGGGUCAGUAAGGUGUUUGUCCCUGGACUCCUGUCGCCCACCUUCAGCAUGACCAACCACCUUCCUCACCUCAGCACGCCAGUGGAGAAUGUUAGCACGCCGGCUAACGCUGGCAGUAGGCACCUCCAAAGACUUGAUGAGGCCGUGAUGCCUUCACCAGUGUCAGAGCUGAGGGGUCCAAACAUUAAACACCAUGAAGCUUCAUUUUUGGAAGAUUACACCUUCCAACAAGCCAUGCCCUACAUCCACGCCUUGCGAGAUCCCGUCUGCAACCGGGUCACCCUGGAACUUAACAGUGGCACAAUGCUGCGGAUCUCUAUCCCAGAGAUCGCCACUUCAGAGCUGGUGAGGAAAUGCCUUCAGGCGAUUCGUUUAAUUCUGCCCAAGGAAGCUGCCAUGAAGGUUUUGGUAAAAUGGUAUAACAUCUACAACGCCCCCGGCGGUCCCAGUGCCCAUGCAGAGUGGAACCUGUUUGUCACCUGUUUCAUGACGUUGAUGGGCUACAACACUGAGCGUCUGACUUGGACAAGAAACCUGCAUUUUGAAGUGCCUCUUUCUCCAGUGAUUGCAGCCAAGAAGGCUCGUCCCUCUGACGGAGGCUCUGAUGAGGACUGGGACUAUGUGUUGGGCUCUCAUUACCACCGUCAGAUGAAUUUCCAGCCUGUCUGCAGUCCAGUGGACUCCAGUGGCUCCAACAAUACUCUCACCACAGAAACCGAGAGCCUAUCCUCUGCGUCUGCUCCCUCCAGUCCAUCUCUGAAAUUGGACAGUUCAGCUCCUCUCUUCCCCCACAUUCCUGCACUUUUCUACGUUCUCCAUCUGCUCUAUCAGGAACUGCAGCUGGACGAGCUGCAGAGAGCAAGAGCCUCAUCAUUGGUCUGUCUGCUGCAGCAGCUGGCCAGAGACCUCCAGUUGGAUGAAUAUGUGGAUCUGUACUGGAGAGACUACCCUGCUUUAAUCAGCAGCUUCACUGAGAGCUUCCUCAUAGACCAGGCUCAGAUGCAGCAUCCCUCCUUCCUGAGGACAGAGCCUCCUUGUGUGUUCAGCUGGCUCAGUAGUUGUCUGAGAGGAGAAGAGAGCCCACCUUUCCCCUACCUGCCCGGCAUCUGUCAGAGGACCAGGCUGCUGGUUCUGAGUUACGCUCUCUACAUCACUGGAGAUGAAAAUGCUACUUCGACAGACGUGUCAAAGUACCUGGUCAAGCUUUCUGCAGGCCAGAAGUCCUGUGCCAGUGAACCGCACUACAGAAGACAGAGCAGCGUGAAGGUCAAGUUUUCUAGCGAGAGUCUUGCUGUGCAGCUGGUGGCGUGGCUCACCUCAGAAGGUUUCACCCUGAAGGACCUGGAGUCAGUGCCGUUUGGUGUGGCUUUGCCCAUCAGAGAGGCCAUCUACCGCUGCCGGGAGCAGCCAUGUUCUGAUUGGUCUGAGGAGGUCUGUAUGCUGAUAGGGCGACAAGAUCUCACCAGACAAGCCCACAAGAUGACCCUGGCCAAGAGCAAAGCCUCUGUAGGUUCAGGUCUGUCCUUGGAGCCUCCUGCCACCACAGAAGCAGAUGAGGAGGAAGAUGGGAUGUCCGACAUAAUUCAAGAGGUCACAGGGCUGAUCUGGAGUCAAGAUCUGAGGGUCCAGGAGGUCAGGAGGCUCCUGCAGAGUUCCAGACCUGUCAGAGUCAGUGUUGUCCAGCUACCGGAGGUUUCUGACCAUGAAUACAUAGAGGAGAAAGAGAAUAAACUCCUGCAGCUGUGUCAGAGGACCAUGGCUCUCCCCGUUGGCCGAGGCCUCUUCACUCUCUUCUCCUAUCACCCUGUACCGACUGAACCUCUGCCUGUCCCCAAACUCAACCUGACAGGCCGCGCCCCUCCUAGGAACACUAUGGUAGAUCUGAACAGUGGGAAUAUUGAUGUUCCUCCCAAUAUGACUAGCUGGCCCAGCUUCCAUAACGGAGUAGCUGCUGGACUCAAAAUAGCCCCAGCUUCACAGGUGGACUCAGCCUGGAUUGCUUACAACAAGCCAAAGAGUCCUGAGCUGGCUAAUGAGUAUGCAGGCUUUCUAAUGGCCCUAGGCCUCAACGGACAUCUCACCAAGCUGGCAACACUCAACAUACAUGACUACCUCACCAAGGGCCAUGAGAUGACCAGCAUUGGACUCCUACUGGGCGUGUCCUCAGCCAAACUGGGCACCAUGGACAUGUCAAUUACCCGUCUGCUUAGCAUACACAUCCCAGCCCUUCUCCCACCCACGUCUACUGAGCUGGACGUACCACAUAAUGUUCAGGUUGCUGCUGUAAUUGGCAUUGGGCUGGUUUACCAGGGAACAGGACACAGACACAAUGCUGAAGUCUUGCUGUCUGAGAUAGGUCGACCCCCUGGUCCUGAGAUGGAGUACUGUACUGACAGAGAGUCCUAUUCAUUAGCUGCGGGACUAGCACUGGGCAUGGUCUGUCUGGGGCAUGGCAGCAACUUGAUUGGGAUGACAGACCUGAAUGUUCCUGAGCAGCUGUAUCAGUACAUGGUGGGGGGUCACCGCAGAGCUCAGGCCGGGGCCAACCGGGAGAGACACAAGUCCCCCAGCUACCAAAUCAAGGAAGGCGACACUAUCAAUGUGGAUGUGACGUGUCCGGGGGCCACGCUGGCCCUUGCCAUGAUUUACCUCAAGACCAACAACAGGUCGAUUGCUGAUUGGCUGAAACCUCCAGACACUUGGUUCCUGCUGGAUUUCAUCAAGCCAGAGUUUCUGCUGUUGAGGACCCUUGCUCGGUGUAUUAUCAUGUGGGAUGAAAUCCUCCCUAAUACUGAGUGGGUCAAGAGUAACAUACCCCAGAUCAUGAGGGGCACUUUUGACCCUUCAGAGGACAUUAACAUGGAGACAAUGGCCCAAGCCCAAGACUACAUUACAGCUGGGGCCUGUAUGGCACUGGGCUUACGCUUUGCUGGGUCUGCCAACUCUGACGCCUUUGACUGCCUCUAUGAGUUUGCCAGGACCUUCAUGAAGAUCAUGUCUUUUGCUGGGACAGCUGCUGUUCAGACAGGUUAUUAUAAUCUGCAGACCGGUCUGUCAAUGAUCCUGUUGGCUAUGUCCAUGGUCAUGUCCGGCACCGGGAACCUGAAGGUCCUGCAGCUCUGUCGCUUUUUCCACAAGCGAACCGGCGGCGAGAUGAACUAUGGCUUCCACAUGGCUCAUCAUAUGGCACUAGGCCUGCUCUUCCUGGGAGGCGGCAGGUACACCCUGAGCACCUCCAAUUCAGCCAUCGCUGCUCUGCUGUGUGCCCUGUAUCCACACUUCCCAGCUCACAGUACUGACAACCGCUACCACCUGCAGGCCCUGCGGCACCUGGCCGUGCUGGCUGCUGAGCCACGCCUGCUGGUCCCUGUGGAUGUGGACUCCCUAAAGCCCUGCUACGCCCUGUUAGAGGUCACAUACAAGGAGACAAAGUGGUACGAUGAGACGACAGUAGAAUUGAUGGCUCCCACCAUGCUUCCUGAGCUGCACCAUCUCAAACGGGUAAAGGUGAAGGGGCCUCGUUACUGGGAACUAUCCAUAGACCUCAGCAAAGAAACGCAGCACCUCAAGUCCAUCCUGUCUAAAGAUGGGGUGUUGUAUGUAAAACUGCGGGCGGGCCAGCUGCCCUACAAAGACGACCCUCAGGGUUGGAAGAGCCUGCUGGCCUCCACGGUCAACCACCGCAACUCCGGAGUCCGAGCCUUCAAGCCUGAAGCCAUCUCUACGUUCACCUCAGAGCCCACCUUGGUCUCCUUCGCCGAGUUGUUCUGUAAAACAUCUGAAGGAAUGAAACACAGGGAGGAUACUCUGAUGUUGUUCUCGGCCAUGCUGUAUGAAUGUGUGAUGCAGGAGUGUCCAGAGAUGCUUCCCACAUAUAUUGCUAUCGAGCAGGCGGUGGGCGCUCUGAGCCGGAGUGACCUGCUGCAGACCUUCCCCCUGUGGCAGCUACGUCUGGUGGUGGAGUUGUGGGACAGCAGGAUGCUGCGCAGUGCCACUAAUCACCACGACGCCCUCCUCACCUCAGAGUUCCUGCCCGUUAUGAAGAACAUGGUGGACGUAGCACUGGACAGCUGGCUCAAAGAAAACAGCUCAGUGUUGAGGUCCUACAUGAGGGGCGAGGCCCUCCCUAAGGAAACCCAGUCUGUUACGUUGGCCUGCUUCCUGGUGUACCGCUCUAUCCCGUGUCUCAGGAACACACACACACAACUGGAGGGCUGCAGAUCACUCGGGGAUUUACUGUCACGUAGCAGCCAGCUGGGCAUCCCUCUCAGAGACCUGCUAAGGCUGGCCCCCGUCCUGCUGGGCUCUGUAUCAGGACCACGGACACUGCCGGGCUUCCCUUUGCAAGCAUUUUGAUCCUGAUGCUCAGAACUGCGCAACUGGCGGGUAACCUCUCAGAGACGCCAUUCAUAGCCUUAUGUUCGCAUUGUGAGCACAGGUAGGACAGGUAGCUGAUUUCUACCUGCAACACCCACAGGUGGGUCUGACAAAAUGCAACCAUGAGACGUCUUGCGUUUCACUGCAUCCCUGUGGUGUGGCUGCCCUGCCUGAGGAGAACAGUUAAAAAAAAAUACAGACUUUAUUUCCUUCUCUGCGACUAGAAAAUGAAAUAAUUCAUCUUAGAGUUUUGUAAUAUAAUAUUUCUAUUUAGUUUUUUUUUUACACAACAUAAAGAAAGUUUGGGCUUCAGUGAUGACGCAGUGCAUGUGCCAUUUUUGUGGUACAACAAAUCCAGAAUGGGGUAUUUUUUCAUGGGUACAACCUGCUUAAAAGUCCAGCGGCAGGCGACUUUUCCUCCUCACCAAACAAGGACAGAUACCACUGGUCAGUACAAAAUGAAUAGUCAUACCAGGGCCCGUGCCUGGGUUCAGGCCUCUGUGCUGUGAGGACGGGAAAACCGAGGCAAGACAAUAAAAAACGAAAAGUACCUGCACACCUCAUGAAUACUGUGACUUUUUCCCUGUCUUAACUUCUCCCCGCGAGGUAGAAAAUCUUUCGGAAAACACUCGUGCUUUCACCUAGGUGUUAUUUGAUGUUUGACAAAGAGCAGCUGAGGGUUUGCUGCUCAUGAAUCUACCAAGAGAACAGCACUCUUACUUGUUUUUUUGCUCUAUUGUCUCAUUGGCUGAAACUGAAUCAGCCUCCAUACAACAUUGUCCGUCGUGUCUCUGCGUGUCUAACACAGAUCUUAUUGUUGUAGUGCCAGCAUUGCAUCCCUGUGGUCAAGAUGAAGGUCUUUUGAAGUGAAUCGAAGAUCAAAACGGGCUGUGGGUUUGCUUCGGGUGAUUCCCCACAUGAAAGGAAUCCCCUAAUCUACCGGUGGUGUUUUUGUCAUAAAGCAGAGCCCUCCACAGAUAAGACAGAAUUUAUUCAGUCUUUGCACUUUGUGGGAAAAAGUUGGCUUUUUGUCUCUUACAUUUGAUGAGUUAAGUAAAUCAAAUGAUGCCUUUGUGAUUCUGUACAACAGGUCUGGUGCGUUGAUCGUCUCCUAUGGCUUCUGAUCAAGCUGUUUAAUUUUAUUUAGGCAUUUUAUAAAGUGAUAUAACAAAGAACAGACUCUGUAAAAUAAUAAUAAAAUUCAUUAUCUAACCAUCACACAAGAAUUAAAUGGACUUGAUGUCCUGGAAACCAACGGCUGAGCUGGAAGCAAUCUAAAUAUUGCAGGUUAAUGGAUUCCAAAAUAUAAACCUGAGAGGUCAGGGGGCCAGAGCCUCUGUACAGUGUGAUAGAGCUCAGUUAAAAGACAUCUACACAACAUUUGUGUCUCUUUCAGUCUGAGGACCCUUCUAUUUGUCUGUGCCCAGGGGGCCCAUUUUCUCCUAAUCUGUCCACAUGUUAAUGAUAAAGAUACUAGAAUUAAAUAUGAAACCAGCAGCAGAGUCUCUCCUGUGUGGGAAGAGAACAUUAACAAAUAGUGCUCUGAGUGGUCAAACUAAAAGGUUAAAGAACAGGAAGAGCGCUGUCAGUGGCGGUAAACAUCAGCACGCAUCUAGUGAACACGUAAAUAGCCACGGCUGCAAGUGAAAUCAGAUACUUUCCGCAGUGUCAGGGUGUUUUUUUGCAAACAUUCGCACAGUUUUGCAACGCUGUUAUAUUUUCUCAUGCAGUUGCAUUUGCAUAUCUUUGGUGUUUUUAGGAUUGUGGGACUUUCCUACCAGUGCAUGAAAGCAGUGUAAGUGCCUAAAACUGUUUGAUGGUGGAAAUCCCAGAUCGUCACCAAAAUCUAAUUGACCAUUUCUUGGGCUGAUGCCUAUCUGUCCUACAAGAUUUCCAGACUGUGGCCCAAAGCUUUUCACUGUGAAGCGUUUUUAUUUGAUCUUUGUUCUCCAUCUGCAGAUGAAUUGCAAACAGGGAUUGCCAAUAGAUAAUUCGACAUACCUUAAAAAAUAUUCAGUCCACUGACUGACACACAAGACUUAUAACAACACCUCUGAGUCAAAGCAAAGAUGGCAGCCUGCCUGCUGCCUCGAUAGGACACAGAGACGCAACUUGGGAAACACAUUAAAAAUCUGUUUUAUAAUUCAGCAGAUGAAGUAUUUUGAAAGAAUACUAAUAGAGUGACAAAAUCCACUAAUAUCCCCUUUUUUCAGGUAUUUCUUUGACAUUACUGAGGCUCAGAAUGUCCCAGUGUGUGUGUCUCCCAGUGUCAGACUUUGAAAAUCCCUGCCUCAGCCUUUAAAGCCACUGAAAUGUCCUGGGUUUCGAUGCCCAACUCAGGAUAGAGACCCUAAUGUCAUGAAGUUAGUGUGUGGGAGGAUGCGCAAUGUGUGUUCAGCUCCCAGUCUCAGAUCAUUUUUAACCAACAGCUCUGAGAACAUUCCAGAGAAAAUGGAAAACAUCCGAACAAACAAGUGGCCCACACCCUCCUCACAGAGCUGCAGCACACAGAACAGCUCCCCACUGAUCACAGCUCCUUACAUGGUAAAGUGUGUUUGUAUUUUAAUUUUUUUUUUUAUGUGCAAAGAGAUUAAAUAAGUUUUAUCUAAGGGCUCAUUCACCUAACCCAUUGCUGGAGUAAACAUUUCAGCUGCCUCAGGGUCAUUUACUGUCUGCAAAUGGCGACAGAUUUCAUUACUGCAUGAGGAAAAACUUUUUGGCAGUGUUAGUGAUUAGCACCAAAGGAGGAUAUGAUAAUGUGCCAACAAGUGUUCUCUCUAUCUGUUUUAAUUCUGCUCUUCCUCAUACCGAGGCUAAUUCCCAUGGUUUGGGCAGACAACAUGCAGGAUUUGAAGCAUCUGUUAAGCUCUGAAUUGCCUGGUCCACCCACAUUUAAACACCAUUGUGCGUCCUGCUGAACGAAGUAUUAAACAAACCUUCUCUAGACAGUUUUCUUGGCAUUAUAACCGUGAAAAGGCCCCAAACAAGCGACCAGACAUGACUCACAUGCUUCUGAUGGAUGAAAAAAAAACUUUCAGACCCACGACUGUGUGGACUUGGGAGUUCCGUUUUGCCACAAGAAGAUAUUUGUGGUUAUUUCUGUUAUGUCUUUCAAACAUACUUCCUGCCUUUUAUCAUCACUCAGAGUGGGUGGAUACUUGACAUGGUUCUUGUCUGCACCUAAACACUUCUCACUAUUGUAAGAGUCUCCAUUCUGUAAUUGCUCUAUUUAAUCUCAGUUGUAUGAGCCAACAGUUGUUGGGGACAUUGUACACCCACAUUGUACACGCCAAAAUAAAAAUAGCGACAGAAGAAUUGAAAGCACCUGAGAUCUGGCCUCUCAAUCCGCCUCUUCCAGAGGAACAAAACUAUCUCCUGCCAAUAUUUUAACAGUUUUGGAUGUUUCAUGUGAGAAGAUUCUACAUUUGUGUUCUUCUCUGUGCUUUUCUUGUUGGUUUGAAGUGGAUGAAGUUCAGGUGGAAAAAGGUGAUGCCACAUACCUUUGUGCACCAAUCAGCAUUUAGCAACGCUUGAAUCUAAAUCUGAUGUCAGCCAAGGUGUUGUUUAUUUAUGAUGCCAUGUUAUACUCUUUAGUAAAACCUAAGGAUGCUCCCUUCCAAACCUUAACAUGGAUUUUUCUUUAUUUAGUCAUGAAUAUGCAAUAUUACUGAGAAAUAAUUCAUUUGUUUUCAGUGGCUUUCAGAAAUGUGUUUUCUUUAUCAGUAAAUCUGACUAAUUUUUUUUCCCCUUUUAACCAUCAAGUCCGGGUAAUACAAUAAAAAUACACAGCAACUUCCCAGGGCCCCAGCAGACUCCUGUUUGCUCGUUUUGUCCAUCCGACAGUUCAAAAUCAAAAGGUGAUCACUGAUACAAAACCGAAAAGCCUCGUUUGCUUGACGUAAACA